CACUGAUGAUCAGUGUGCCUUGAUGAUCAGUGUAGCCCCAGCAGUACCACCUGUCAGUGUCCAUCAGUGCUCAUCCGUGUCACCUGCCAUUGCUCACCAGUGCCACAUCAAUGCCACAUAUCAGUGCCCAUCUGAGCUGCCUUUCAGUGUCACCCAUCAGUGCCAGCCAUCAGUGCCGUCUAUCAGUGCCGCCUAUCAGUGCCGCCUAUCAUUUCUGCCUUUCAGUGCCCAUCAGUGAAGCCUGUCAAUGCCCAUCAGUGCCACCUACCAGUGCCUCCUCAUCAGUGCCCAUUAGUGCCACCUAUAAGUGUCUAUCACUGCCGCUUCAUUAGCGCACAUCAGUGAAG